AGAGAAGGGAGGAAGCUUGUGCUUGUGCUGUCUUUUCCUUCUUGUGGCUGCAGGUGAAGCAAAGCACGGUCUACGCGUGAAGUCAAGAUGGGUCAGCAGACUUCCAGAUCUCGUGGUGCUCAUCAGCCCGUCAGCAACAUCAUCCGUGUGCGAGUCACUCAUGAUGGCAGAAGAGGCGGCGAGAAAAGUAAGCUGUCACUUCCCUUUCCCCUGGCUGCACGUCUGACACACUGCACAUGUGGAUCUGUGUUGCGUUCAGUGAGCAUCGUCGGCAGCCGUGGUCGUGGCCGCGGUCACCUGCUGAAACCUCUGCUCGUGGAGCCGCGCAGCCCCGGUGAGCGGGCGACUCGCGGCAUCGAGAUCGAGAUGGCAGAUGCGUCAACGUGGCGGCGAAAAAGGAAAGGCGCCAUCACAGACACAUCAGGGGAGGAAGAGACCACUGCACUGACCGGUGAGAGCGAGCGAGCAAGAUCACGCAGCGAGGCAUGUGCACAGGUCCUCACGUCUUGUCUGUGUAUCUGUGUGUCUGUGUGUCUGUGUGUGUGUUUUGGGUCGUGACAGCAUGAUGGCGUCAGGAGCAGUGUAGCCUUUACUGCGUAGAGAAGUGCGUCACUGUUGGCCUCCAGGAGAAGUGUUCCGGUUCAUGGGCCCCGAUAUAUGGCACAUGCCUUCCGCCGUGCCACUCAUCGCGACACUGUGCCCUUCACUUGGGUGGAUCAAUCAAUCGGUAUUGCCCGUUUUUGCGUGGUUCCUGGAUGUACACAAUGGUCUUUUGUAAGUGAUGUGCCUGCUGGCGGGAGCGGCAAAUAGCCGCAGCCAGGCGGUGUGUAUGUGUUGCGGCGUGCUGGGGCAUGCCCUCGUUUCACUGCUGCGUGAUCCCACAACAGGCGAGGCAGCAGGAUGGUAGGUAGAGCGUGUUGCGUGCGUCUAUGAGUGUUUGUGUGAAUCAGUGGAUGACUGCACUGCAUGUACUGUAACCACCGGACGUACAGAGCAUGAGCACUGCAGUGCAAUUGAUGACACACG